ACACACGGCAGUGCCGCGCCGACCGUCGCGCGGAACGAACGUGGUUCAUUAUAAAGUGAUACGUGUGCAUUGAUGCACUUGUGCCCUGUGUACUCAAAACACGUAAACAAACGAAGCCGCCGUGAGAAGUUACAAAGUGAGAUCGGAUCGACGCUGCAACGAGAACGCUAUCGAGUAACAGUUGCAUUCAGCAGGUCUCAGUGUCUACUGGUUAAGAAGAUCAUGUAGUGGAGAUUAGAUAGUAGAAGUGCUUUGUAUAUCCAAAAUGGCCGACAUAGACGAGAUGAAUAUCGGCGAAGACGGCGGCUACGAAUACGACACAACGAAAAUACCGGAGAUAAUAACAGAUGACAUGAAUGAAUCCGGUUACCAGGAGGGCUCGGAGAAGAGCUACGGAGACCGGCGUGACUCCAAGGAGGGUUACGGUGGUGAAGGGGAUUCGGAUAGUGGCGUUGAUGGGGUUAGCAGUGGCUGUAGUACCGUGGACGACUGUCCGGUUGUGUCGAUCAAUGACGUUGUCGCGUACUAUGACAUCAGACCCAGGCGGCGGUAUGUUCCCCAGCUCAACUUCUACCAUCUCGACAUCGAGAGGAUGGCAAUGGACGCUGUAGUUCAGAGCGAAUCGAGCUACACCUCUUCGGAAGAAGGCUGCGGUGGUGGUGAACGUCAUGCCGUGCUGAGUUACGAGCAAGUGCGGAGGCUGAAUGACGUCAUGGACGAGGUGGUCCCCAUACACGGGAGGGGCAACUUCCCCACACUGCACGUACGCCUUCGAGAGUUGGUAGCUGGAGUGAGGGCUCGGCUUGAGACCGCUCAGAGCGAGGGCGGCGCCGGCAUCACAGUUAGAGAUGUCCGUCUGAACGGAGGCGCAGCGAGCAACGUGCUAGCGGACCGCCCGCAGCCAUACUCGGACAUUGACCUCAUAUUCACAGCGGACCUGCCCACGGCUCGACACUGUGACCGCGUCAAGGCCGCAGUCCUCAGUCACCUAUCGACCUUAAUGCCGGCCGCCACGCCCCGCCGGCGAGCUUCACCCGCCGGCCUGAAGGAGGCCUACGUCUCUAAGAUGGUCCGCGUCAACUCGGACGGCGAUCGUUGGUCCCUCAUCUCUCUCGGCAACUCCCGCGGACACAAAUCAGUGGAGCUCAAGUUCGUGGACACGAUGCGCAGGCAGUUCGAGUUCUCGGUAGACUCGUUCCAAAUCGCUUUAGAUUCUCUUCUGGCGUUCCACGAAUGCGCCCAGCUGCCCAUCGGCGAGAACUUCUACCCGACCGUGGUCGGCGAGUCCGUGUAUGGAGAUUACUCCGAGGCGCUACUCCACUUGUCGGAGAAAUUAAUAGCGACGCGACAGCCUGAAGAGAUCCGCGGCGGCGGUCUGCUGAAGUACUGCGCUCUGUUGGCCAAAGGCUACCGACCGGCCAGACCCGACAAGAUCAAGAUCCUCGAGCGGUACAUGUGCUCGAGAUUUUUCAUAGAUUUUCCCGAACUCGGACAACAGCGGGCCAAGCUCGAAGCGUACUUACGGAACCACUUCGUGGGGCGUGACGAGGAGGCUUUAAAGCACAGGUACCUUACAUUGCUGCACGGCGUGGUGAGGGAGUCGACGGUGUGUCUGAUGGGCCACGAGCGGCGGCAGACGCUUGCCCUGAUCGAGGCGCUGGCUUGCCGCGAGCUGUGCGCUCGUGCGCCGGUCCUGAUGCCGGUGCCGAUGCCGGUGCCGCCGCCCGGGUACUACGUGUGCGUGUGUGCCGCUUGCGCCGCGUGUGCCGCUUGCGCCGCGUGCGCCGCCCCCGCCUGCUGCGACUGCUGCCGCCCCGCUCUCUGCCCGGCGUGACGCCUCGCACUCCGACCGCGAUCAACCUAGUGCCAAAUGUACAUAAUAUAAACGUAUAUGUAUAUAUAUGAUUCGACACUAUGUAUCUCACAGAUCUGUGCGACCGGUAUUCUUCGCGAGGCGCACGCGACCUCUCGUCCCCGCUAUCCGCGGUGUUGAAGCUCUGCGUCAAUUCGUAUUGCUCAGUCUACUUCGAUCAAUUCUUGUCAAUUUUUUAUUCACACGCUCGUUCCGUUGCUCCGAGGUCCGAGCUGAUCGUUUUCUGACAACGGCUCUUUGAAUUCUGUAGUUAUUCUUAUAAAUUAUUUAACUCGGGAAACUUGUAAACCACGGGGACCGUCUCUGAGUGAGGGCGUGAGGUAAUUCGUCGUCGUACUCCUGGCGUGUUGAUAUAUUAAUAUGUUAGCAGUACGGAAAUUACGUUUCACGUCGCGUCGGGGCGAGCCCGAGUCCGGGUCUACACUUAAAAGACUAGUUAUUUUAAGCCUCGGAUGUAAAAAUUAAAAGUUAAUUCGCUUACAUCAGCGGCAUGCCUCUCCUCCAUAAUGUUUCCCAUACAUCGUUUGAUACGCCGCGAUUAUUGUUUCAACAUAGUAUUAAUCAAAACUCUAUGUGACAUUUUUAAUAGACGUGUUUGUAAGUACCGAAUCCGGUCCUGUGAAAUGGCCUUGAAAUAUAAAGAUAUCUUUAAGUGAAUUCGUUUGAUAUCAGACGGUAACCGAAGAUAAAUUUCUGUAGAAUAAUAUGUAUACGGAUUUUAAAAAUAUAUAUAGAUUAAAAAAAAAAAUACAUUAAAACCUCCUUUGCGACGUAUCCUACAGGUCGGGUUUCUUUGUGAAGGUCAAAAAGUCAUUUAUUCGCUAUAUAAUAAUGAAUGCCUAUUUUAAUAUCGUAUUUAAAGUUCUGAAAAUUGUAUGUAUACACUCGCUGUGGGACUCUAGUAUUGUAUACGGCUUGGAUGUGGUUACAGACUAAGAUUAUCGUAAACAAAAAAUAUAAAAUAACAAAAAAAAAAUAUAUAAAAAAUAUAUAAGAAAUAUAAAUAUAUAUAUACUAAGGUGUGUACAAUAUUACAGUUCCGUUAAAGUUAUAACACCAUAUAUUAAAUAUUUUAAGAAAAUUUACAAGUAGUUGAGUCAUGAAAUUACUUAGUAAUGGUUUAUAAUUCUGAAUGUUUAAUAAAGAAGUAGAUUGUAUGAAAAAAAAUGUGAUUUAAUUGUUGUAGAAUUAAUGUAAUGUUGUCUAUGAUUAUAUUUAGUAAUAUAUAUACAUAGCUGUAGUGUCGGACGGUCUGUCCUAUAUACAAGUAGCUUGGUUUUAAAAAUCCUCCCGUGUGAACUAAUCUCGUGCGAAGUACAAUCUGACUAGUUUAGUUAACUUCUGAACAAUGAAAUGUUACGAACGAAUUUCAGACUUGCUCACUAUAGAACCAAAAUUUUAGAUCUCAUUAUUUUUUUUUUUUUAUUAGACUGCAAGUAUAUUUGUGGUUUAUUCCUUGAAUGUUUUAAUAUUUCUCGUUCCGAGCGGACUUGUCCAAACAAGUUCGCGAAGUCGAAGCAUAUAGAGGGAACACGAGCGAACAAUUGAUGUGAAUUGUUAAAGGAAUAUACAGAUAUACUUGAUAAAAUAAUGGAAUAUGCUAACAGUGUGUUGGUGACGUCACGAGCGUCACUUCAACGUAAACAAUCGUACUUACCAUACAGCUCCGGUUUAAUGUAAUUUAAACUGUAUAUAUAUCACAUUAAGAGCGAUUGUAACUUUUUUGAAGUGUUUAAAUAUCAUGUGCAAGUUUCACAAGCGAUAUUUCAUUAAGUACAAAGUAAAAGACACGUAGAAAGAAACAGAUAUCGCUCGUGAAAUAGACACGCAUAUUGAAAUGUUAUUGGCCUAAAAGUUAAAACUACCUCCUUGAAACGAAAAGCUUCCAUGGGAUAUUGUUUUUGCUGCAUUUUUCAUAUUACUUAGAUCGUGGGAAAUUCUUUAAACGCCUUAUACAUAUAGACCGCUAAACAUUUCUGUUAUAAUAUAUGAAGGUAUGUAUCAUGUAUGUCGUCUCUGUUGUUCUUCGUCUCAUUGUCGCUUCUCGGAGGUGUCUGAUCUUCGAACCAGGUUCGUAUCGUCUGAAGUCGCUUCCAUUUUCUUUAUUCUUUAUCGUUUAGGUGAGAGACGUCGCAGGAUAAGUUAGUUAUUAUUUCUAUAGUUACCAGCAGUUUUCAGCUAGCCUUGUAAUGAAUGUAAUGUAUUUUUUAAUGUUUUUGUAUACAUCGGUUUAAGGUGUUCGUGUGUCCUUGUUUAUUAUUUGGAACAUUUUAAUAUUUAUAUAUUAAAUCGUUGAAAAUGUCUUCAUUCCGUUCUUAUGAUGCUUUAGAGCACUAGCGUUGUGCUUCUCGUUAGUGGCCUAUAUACAAAAAUUUUAAAUACCACAUGCUAACGAAUUUUUUGGGUUUUUAAAAGCAGUCCAACAAAAUAGCUGCAGAGUUUAUCAGAUUACUGUGUUAUGAAAAUAAUAGAAAGCAAAUUAUAUUACAAAAUGUUUCGAAUGGAAUUAACACAGACACCAAAAAAAAAUUUUAAAGCGUUGUUCGUAAAAAAAAAAAUAAUAAUAAUUGUAUCAGCGUAUUUAUAUAAUAAAAUGAUGAUGUUGAAUAAUAAUGUUGGUUUUAAUGGAAUAAAUUUUAUUUUUCAAUUACAUAUAGGAAUGUGUGUUUGUCGUUUAUUUGACGUUUAUUGGCGUCACCCGCGGACGUCACACGUUCGCUCGGCACGUUCUCAGUCAAUAGUAGUCGAGGCGGUGUAAAGAAAACUAUUGUUAAAGUGUCGGUGUGACAAAUGCCGUUAUUAUUUUCCCUUUCUUUAUAUAAACCUGCAUAAACCACGCAAACAUCAUCAUUCUUAUAUUUUGUUCGCUUUAAUUAUAUUUUUCUGUACAUUUUUUUUAUCAUGGGCCAAAUAGAUGGUUGGAUUUAGCUUCUAAGUGAACUCAAUAUGAUUUAUUCGACCCGUGAUAGAUGUGUACGGUCAACAGCAACGAGCGAUGGUAAUUAAGUUAUAAUCGUUUCUUGUUGCUGGCUGUACAUGUACAACGGACAACGCGUGUUGCGUUUCUCGCUCAUAUGUUCAAGGCGACUUCGCAGCAAUCCGACUCUCUAGUUAAGAAGCGCUAGUACAUAAAGCCUUAAGGUGUAUAAGCUUUUAAAAUAGUUUUUAUGGAAUAUAAUAUUUACAUUUAUAGUUAUUUUUUUCUCUCCACGUCGCCUGUAUUGUGUUAAAGAGGCGUGGUGACGUGUUUCAUUACAUAAUGAUUACUAUAUAUUUGUGAAGAGUUUUAAGCUAUUGUAAAUUUUACAGAAAACUAAAUAAAAAAAUGUGAAAAUAAAUUAUAAAAAAAAAUGUGAUAAACAAUGA